AUGGAUACCGGGGCUAGCAGUCUGGAAACAGCAGCCAAUCGUUGUAGUCGAGCUUCCAAGUGCCCCCCAAGCCCAGAAAGCGAAGACUUUCAAGAGGUGGCGCGAUCAAACAGGAAGGGGAAUGAUCAAUUAGUCAAGAGACAAAAGCUUGCUGCCUCCUCCUUGGAUGUUGAAGUGAUGCAGGUCAAGUUGCGAAACAAGACCUCCAUCUGCAAGGUCGUACGGAGCGAAAGAGGUGCAGCACGGAUGAUAGCCUAUGCUGAGAAACAAGAUCUUUUUUUUUGGUAUCUUGAUAUCAAUGGCUUGAAUACAGACAUCGAAGAAGAUGUAGAAGAAUCGAAUAACCUACAUGAAAACGAUAGAAAUCUACCUAAGAUUGACGGUUUUGCUCUUUCAAGUACUAUGGAUACCAUUUGGUAUCUUCCAGCAAACAAUGUAGGUAAUUUCAAAGAGUGUCUCUCCAAGAUCUUCACGGUCGACUGCCAGAAAGUUACUUUCUCUGGAACCACAAUCUUUCCGAUUCUACUUGAUUUGAAUGUGGAAUGUGGUCCGCCAUGCAGAAUGUUGGACUUAUCUGUCCUUGUGGCUGGUGCUGUACAGGCGAACUUUCAUGAUAUGUCAAAGCAGAGGAUGUAUCAGAGACUGAGCAGCGAACUCGAUAUUUGUCUUGACAAACUUGUGCCAGAACUCAAGGACCUGAAAGCAGCUAAGAUUCCAUCAAAAACUUUGUGUGCAUGUGCAAACGCUCUGAAAAUUCACUGGCUUUACCUCUCAUUGUUUGGAGGUGGUGAUUGUCAAUCUGUUCUGGAUGAUAAAUCUAGGAAGUGCAUGCUGGAGUUAGAUACCGUUCUCGUCCAUGCACUUGCACAUGCGGAGUAUGUGGGGCUUCGCAUCGACUUCAGGGCGUUGCGGAAUAUCACAACUUUGCUGCGAUCCAGACAGAAUGAGUUGAAUGAAGAGCUAAGUUGGAGAUCAGAGAUGCAGAGAGAUUAUGCUCAUGUACGUGCUGAAGGAGGAAAUGCACAACAUCCUGGCCAAUCGAUCGGGUUGUUGGAUGCAGAUUCGAUGAAACGUAUGCAUGCUGAGUUGCGAGAAGUACAGACUAGUCUCUACACAUUUGUAGAUCCCAUUUGGAAGAAUGCGAUGAAAUGUAGGACCAAAGAAGUCGGUAACACAGAGGAUUUGCGCGAUUACAGGGUGCAUCUUAAUAUCAAGAUUAAUGAGUUCGCAAAGAGCACUCUAUCUACAUGUCGACCACAACUCCAUGUGAUCCCUCCAAUACGAUCCUUCCUCGUUGAAGGAGGUUCGCGACAAAUCUCUAUUGAUUUCCAUGAUGUCUUCAUCGCUGAUCAGGACAUGGUCUUGAUCCGCUGUACUAUACCUCAUCUGAUGGAAUGGGCUAUAGCCCUGGUCUCUGAAGACGCCAUCUUUGCGGAGUGCCUGGUGGGAGAGGCUGUAUGGGAUGCUGUUGCAAAAAAAUGGAUCAGCAUGUCUGGAUUCCCCAACUGCAGCGGCGAGAUACCGAUCUCAAAGCAGGUCGAGAUCAUCGUCGAUGGCUUGAAGAGAGGAAACAGUCUGGACAUCAUUGCGCAGAACCUGAUGGUCCCUUUAGCAAUGUUUGAAUCGGUGUUGAGUUCGUUCUCAUCUGUAUUCCCGUCUCUGGUCAACAAGGUUGGUUUGCACAUUCUGGUACUUCAAAUAGCUUCGAAUGAGAUGCUGAAAGUUCUUGGAGUUGCGAUUAACCUUACCAAGCGAGCCUUGUGUCGAUCAGCGAUGAGGGGGUCUUUCUGCAAGCCCAUCAUGGUCAAGCGGAGGACCUGA